AUGGGAGAAGACUUCCACGCGCACCAGGGUCGGUUUCCUCGCCUCCUGUCCGAUGACUACCGCAGGAGAGCUUUGUCCGGUGCUGCCAUCGGAAGCGAGCCACGCCAUCAAGCCUUUGCAAGGGGAUCAGCGCUCAUGGAUGAUGUUGUUAUCAAGUCUAGGCCGCCCCUUCAUACUACUAUGAUCCCAGAGCCGCUCCCAUAUCCACAGCUGCCAACUUGCCCUCCCACCCAGUAUAACUGGCAGGAUCCUAGAGGCAGGCAGGUCCCACACGGAUAUCCUGUUUCCCAGAGUCAUGAGCGCUACUUGCCUGAUACCCAUGGCAACUACGCCUUGCACCCGGUCAACACCCACGCUCCCCACACUCCCAUCUCCGAUCCCCGUAAGCCCGACUUCAGCUAUCAACCCGGGUAUGGCCCCGAGCACAGCUAUAACCCGAGGUCCAACGGAAACUUCGCGGGAGCGAGUUACCCAUAUCUUGCUUUUGAGAACAUCACAGCAACAAAAUUUUGGGGUCCUGGAUCAGGACCAGCACACAUCACGCCCCAGCCCCCUAUCACGGAAAGCUCAUCAAUCAGAGAAGAGCCUAGAAGAGAUCUUUGCAGCUCCCCUUACUUUGGCAACACUUCAGCUUCGAGCUCUCCCAGAACCCAUAAUGGACGCCAACACAGACGGUUACCGCUAAGCCGGCCGGCCAGCACGGGCACACAAAAUUCUACUCCUGUCAAGCCACGACGCUCAAAUAUGGGUGCGCGUCGCGACAUCCCCGGAACACCCAGUGUACAGAAUGUACACCCAUCUCCCCUUGGUACCACAAGCUCGUCUUCCUAUCAUCGAUAUAGGGGAGAAGAACAGGGAAAUGGCCGCGGCGCAAGUAUUCCCAAAGCCAAGUACUCGAGCAGAGCUCCUCUAAGGGACCUGAAGGAGUGUUCCGGUACGACUCCCAGCUCGAGAGAGAUGAGUUCACCUGUGAUUUCUCAGUCAAGCUGGCGGAGCAGUACAUCCAAAUCAUUUUCUCAACGAGACACCUCUGAGACUACAUUACGCCUACCACGCACCUUAUUGUACGAUCGCAUUAGCAAGACUCAAGCAAUGAGCACCAGAUCAACCCUGCCCACACCUGUCCUGAGUGACUCCGAUUCAGACUCAGACGCUGAAGAGUCAAGCCUCGAGAAAAGACACCGCCUAGUUGGCUCCUCUCUAAUCAUAACUCCACAGAAAGAAUCAGCUCCAACCGUCAGUUCUGAAGAAAAAGAUCACGCCAUCUGUGCUAUAUCAGAGAGUCGCUCUGCGGAGGUUGUUGGCAUUGCCGUCAUCAAUAUCACUACGGGACAAGUGGAUUUAGCCAGAAUUCUGAACGAUGACAAGUACUUGUAUCAGCGUCUGGGAGACACAUUGUGGAAGAUGUCGUCAAAGCCGGAAAAGUUCCUCGUCGUCAACAGCGUCACGACGAAUAGCAGCAAGUCUUUACUCAUUUCUUGUCUGGAGCAAGACUUCCCAGAAGUCCCCAUAGUGCUUUGGGGAAGGGAACAUUGGAGUGAAGCAGAAGGGCUCAGGAUGAUUGAGCGUUUUGCACUUCGGGAUCAUGUGAUUGCUCUCAAUUCAGACCUUGAGAACAACUUCUACACUCCUUGUGCCUUUUCUGCUGUAAUGAAGUAUGUACAGAACGAGCUGAACAUUCAUUUUGCCAGCAACGCGUUACGAAUCAGAUAUAUUCAGCCACUCAACACCAUGGGUAUCGACCGCACCACCGUUGCCUCGUUAGAGCUGCUUCAAAAUACACGACGAGCCACUGCAAAGAAUUCGACGCUUUUCGGUAUACUCAACAGUACUAAAACCCCCCAAGGACACCGCUUGCUACGCACAACCCUCUUACAGCCGAGUACAAACAAGGAAGAGGUUAUAGAACGGUAUGAAUCAGUUGAGGAGUUGUCUACUAACGAAGACCUUUUUCGUGAGUUGCGCAAAGCACUCGAAGAGCUUGUUCGAAUCGACUUUGAGCGCGUCAUCGUAUGGAUCAGCCAGGAACAACCCAACCCACGGCAGCCUCUGGAAGAAGGCGUUCCAGGAUGUACAAAUCAAGGCCUACUCCUACCAACCCACGCGGAGCUUACCAAAGCGGAACAGGAGUUGAACUCCAUACUCAUGCUGAAGAAGUAUCUUAGUGGCAUUGACGCAUUGCAUGGUACACUUGAAGCAGCUGGGUGCAAAAGCCGUCUAUUGAGAUGGAUCAGGGAUAGGUUUGCACCAGAGCACACUGAGCCCGUUCAAAGGGCCAUGGAAGAGAUGAUAGAGGAUGAUGCUGCCUACAGUAAAAAGCCAAUAGAGUUGAGGAACAAUCGGAUGUGGGCUGUCAGAGCUGUGCGUAAUUCCGUUCUUGGAAAAGCACGGAGGUUAUUCACAGCUCUUACGAAUGACCUCAAUGAGUAUUUUGAUGUGCUAGACAACCAGUUCAAUGAGGUUUUGGGAACUCGUGCAAACUUGCACAUGGACAGCAACCGGCGGUAUUGGCUCAGGUUUGAUUACUCAGAUGUCGAACGUGAAAUACAACCUCAAUCCGACGUUCAAAAGGGGAAUUCCGGCGAAGUCAGCCACUGGAAGCAGGUCUCCAUCGCCGGUCUCGAAAUGAUUAACGGCACUAGGGAUAAAAGGCAUUUCAAAUGCCAGACCACUGAGCUUCUCCAGAGAAGCAGGGCUAUUCAGCUCCAGGCAGACAUUGCAACGAUGCAGAGCGAUAGAUUGGUCAUCGAGCUCAAAAGGAGACUUCAAGAGCAUUCGAGUCUCAUGUUCGAUAUCAGCGAUGCUAUUGCAUUGCUCGACAUGCUUAGCUCAUUUACACAGGCUGCCACUACUCAAGACUACGUUCGACCCAUGAUCACCGACAGCAUGGUUAUAAAACAGGCGAGACAUCCGAUUGUUGAGGCGCGAACCGACCAAUAUGUUGCCAACGACGUGUAUUCUGGUGAUCAAUCCGGACGUUUCCAGGUGAUCACCGGCGGUAACAUGAGCGGCAAGAGCACGUUCAUCCGAUCGGUUGCCCUGAUUCAAAUCAUGGCACAGAUGGGAUCCUUCGUCCCUGCGCAAUUUGCGUCCAUUUCCAUCUGUGACAGAGUAUUUGCUAGAGUCUCCACGGACGAUGCGCCUGAGAAUAACCUGGGAACAUUUGGUGUGGAGAUGAGGGAGACAAAUGCCAUCUUGAGACAAGCCACAGCACAAAGCAUGAUCAUCAUGGACGAGCUUGGCCGGGGAACUUCUCCAAAAGACGGUCAGGCUCUCGCCAUUGCUAUCGUCGAGAAGUUAAUCAAGAUGAAACCACGUGUCUUUUUUGCAACGCACUUCACUCGUAUUCCUCAACUUUUGAACAAAAUUUAUCCGAGAGAUGUCUUGAACGUUCACUUCCAAGGCCAAAGCCAAGCAGUAGGCCAAAUCACACAGAUCACACUGCCACAUACUCUCGCCGGAGGUCCCGUGCAGAACGAGGACUACGGCAUCGAACUAGCGCGCUGCGUUCUUCCUGGAUCCAUAGUGAACACUGCUGAGGAGGUUUUGAAAGCCUUGCGUGAGGGCCAGAAGCCACAACAGAGUGGAGAAAAGGGAAGGGAGGCUAGACAAAGGAAGCUCACGCUAGCUUUGCCUGUUGUUAUGAAACAAGCCCUCGACUCGACCAUGGACGAUGCCGCAUUGGGUUCGUACCUGCGGAGGUUGCAGACCGAGUUCACGCUUAGGUGGUUUGGUGUUGAGGAGGGAGAAGAAGACGGCGAGGUGGAAGAAGUCGAUGAGAAUGCUGGAGAGGCCGAUGAAGGCCGUCCUGCAGAAGGUGAUAAGGUUAUGGACGUUAGUCAAAGUGGACGGAAGCGGCCUGCUGCUGAGAAUGAUGGGGGCGAGGAAGGAGAAGUUGCUGAAGCUGAGAGUGAUGCAGAACGCGAAGGAAGACAGAAGCGGAGGAAGGAAGAUUAGUCCACGAAGGCGAAGGGGGUUUGAACAGUUUGAAGGUCAAAGGUUCCCGGAUAUCGGUCGGAAAUUACUUGCUAACUUGUAAACACUUCGUUCCGAAUACAAGGACGGGUGGGAAAUAGUUUGUAGAUGUAGCUGUCGAAUCAAAAAGAAAAUUGC